AUGGCAGAAUCCAUCCUUUCUGAUCUUGCCGGAAAAAUCAUACUGGGCUUGGGCUCUCCCCUCAUCCAAGAGAUUGGAUUAGCAUCAGGAGUGAAAAAGGAACUGAGGAAGCUCGAGGACUCUUUAACCGCAAUCAAAGCUAUACUAUCGGACGCAGAGAAGAUGGGUGCAACGAACGAUACGGUUAAAGAUUGGUUGAGAAAGCUUAAAGAUGUGGUUUACGAUGCUGAAGAUGUGUUGGAUGAAUUUGCAACGGAAGCCUUGCGAGGACAAAAAGUGGGGGAGCUUCCAAACAAUAUUGUAGUACUCAAACAGGUACGCAGAUGCUUCCCAUGUCCAAAUUCAGCAGUUGUAUUUAAUUGGAAAAUGGCUCAUAAAAUAAAGGAUAUUAUAGAGAGGUUAGAUAAUAUCCAAAAGGAUGGUGUGGUAGCUCGAUCUCAAUUUGCAAGCCAAAGUGAAAAUAUGAAUAUUGGCGAUCAUGAUUAUAGGAGGGGAGAUACUGACCCUUUUGUAACUAAAUCUGAGGUCUUGGGUAGAGAAAAGGAUAUAGAAAAUCUAGUUGAAAAAUUAACUAAUAAUAAUAAUGAUAAAGAGAUGAAGAAUGUCAUGGUCAUUCCCAUAAUUGGGAUUGGUGGUUUAGGGAAGACAGCACUUGCUCAGUGUGUGUUUAAUGAUGAAAAGGUCAAGAAGCAUUUUGAGUUGCGAAUGUGGGUGUGUGUCUCGUUUGAUUUUAAUGUUGGGCACCUUGUAAAGAAAAUUGUAGAGUCCCUAACAAAUGAUAAUUAUAGUGUGUUAGGGGAAAAUCAAUUGAAGUCAAAACUUGUGGAAAAACUAUCUGAAAAAAGAUAUCUGCUUGUCCUAGAUGAUAUCUGGAAUGAGGAACAGAGUAAAUGGGAGAGCUUGAGAAAUCUUUUAAUGGGUGGGGCAAGUGGAAGUAGGAUCUUGAUAACGACCCGUAGUGAGAAGGUUGCGAAAAUCAUGCAGCCGAAUAUAUCAUUUAAUUACCCUUUGAAAGGGUUAAGUGAAAAUGAUUGUGAAUCAUUAUUCAAUGAACGGGCGUUUGGGGAAAGAAUAGUUGUAAACCAUACUGAGCUAGUGAAGAUUGGGAAGGAAAUAGUGAAAAGAUGUGGAGGAGUGCCUUUGGCUGCAAAGGCACUUGGAAGUUUGUUAUGCCAUACAAGAAACAUAAAUGAUUGGUUGGAUGUCCUAGAAACUGAAAUUUGGAAGCUAGGGGAAAAAGAACAUGAAAUCCUACCUGCUCUAAGGAUAAGCUACAACCACCUACCAUCCCAUUUGAAGCAAUGCUUUGCUUAUUGUUCUAUGAUCCCAAAAGAUCAUGAAAUUGAAGUUGAUGAUUUGAUCCAUCAAUGGAUGGCACAUGGGUUCAUCCAACCACCACCACCACUACAACCAACCAGAGAAGGAGGAGGAAGUAGUCACAGUUAUAGAAGGUCUUUAGAAGACGUUGGGUAUGGGUAUUUCAUGGAAUUAUUAUGGAGAUCAUUUUUCCAAAAGGUAAAAGAAGAUGAUGUACUUGGAAGGAUUGUGUCAUGCACAAUGCAUGACCUGGUGCAUAGUCUUGCACGAUGGGUCGCAGGGAUUGAAUGGUCGGAGGUGACAACAACACAACCCUUAUCCUCCACCUCUUCUUCUUCUUCUGAGGUAGUCAGACACAUUAUUGUGUAUGAUAGCAGAAAAGCGGCACAUGAGGCGAUACCAAUUGAUAAGGCCCAAAAGUUAAGGACACUUUAUUAUGUGGAUCUUAAUUAUAAUUUGGGAAAGGGAAAUAUUGGCACUGGAUUUGUCUCACCUUGGCAAGGCUUGCGCGUGUUAAAGUUAAGACAAUGUGGAAUUAGAGUUGUUCCGAGUUGCAUAGGAGGUGUUGGUGGUUUGGAAAAAUUAAGUGGGCUUGGAGAGUUGGGUGGCCUAAACCAGCUUCGGGGGGUAUUAGUUAUCCAAAGGCUUGGAAAUGUGAGAAAUGUGAGAGAUGCUGAAGAAGCAAAUUUGAAGGAGAAGUCGGAGCUUCAAUCUUUGACAUUGAGUUGGUAUGGUGAUGGGCCUAGUAGUAGUACUCGGCUGCUACCAUUGGUAGAUGAAGAACAAGUGUUGGAGAAUCUCCAGCCGCACCCAAAUCUUAAGGCAUUGACAAUUUACCAGUACGAAGGCGUCAAGAUGCCACGUUGGAUGACACACUCUUCUUUCCUCCCAAAUCUAGUGGAACUUAUAUUAUCGUGGUGUCCUAAACUCAAAUGUUUGCCACUCAUUGGUGAAUUCUGUUGCCUUAGGCGUCUCGAAAUUUAUUAUUCAAGUGCCCUGCAGUUCAUAGACAACAAAGUGAUGGUGCAUGCGAGUGCGAGGAGGGAUAAUAAAGGAGGAGGAGGAAAACCAUUAUCAAAAAUGGGGGUGGUAUUAUUUCCAAUGUUAGAAAAACUUAAACUCCAUCAUCUGCCAUAUCUAGAGAGUUGGAUAAUCUCGAAGGAGGAAGAAGAAGAAGAAGAAGAAGCAGUGCAGCAGCUGCCUUCCUUGUUUCCACGUCUCACUGACUUGAUAUUACUUAGGUGCCAGCGGCUGACAACCGUACCAAUGCUUUCGGUGUGGGGAAUGCAACAUCUCACCUCUCUCCGAAAAUUAGUCAUCGGAUCUCUUGAUAGUUUGGUGUCUCUACCUGAUUGCCCUGCUCCUUCAACACUGGAAGAGCUACGCAUCUAUGAUUGUCCAAGUCUGGUGAGAUUACCAAACUCCUUCUUUCAUGAGAAUCUCAAGUUACUUUCUGAGUUUGAAAUUUCGAGAUGUAGCCAGGAGUUGACAUCUCUACCGGAAGGGAUUCAACACCUCACUGCACUGAAACGACUAACAAUUGAAAAGUGUCAAGGCUUGACUACAAUAUUACCUGAGGAGGAGGAGGAGGAGGUCAUGGGAAACCUUUCAUCGCUUGAACAGCUUCACAUUCACAAUUGCUCUAAUCUAUCAUCUCUGCCCAAAGGGAUUCAAUACCUUACUGCAAUCAAAGUGCUGUCAAUUAAGCAGUGCUACGAGCUCCAUACAUUGCCUAAGGGCAUGCUGGGAAGCCUCACUUCAUUGGAACAGCUGUCUAUUUCGAAUUUCAAUGGUGUCAAUCAAUUUUCUGAUGAUCAGGGCUUGAGAAACCUCACAUUGCUUAAAGAACUUGAAAUUGAAGAUUUCCCUAAUCUCUUGUCUCUCCCAGAAUGGAUUCAGCACCUCACUUCACUGAAAACACUCAAGAUUUCGACAUGUCCCGGUCUGAAAACAUUACCAGAUGAUGUCUUGGGAAGUCUCUCAUCACUUGAAAAGCUUGAGAUUGAGGGUUGCUCCAAUCUACUGUCUCUACCAGAAGAGAUUUGGCGACUCACUUCACUAAAAAGGCUACGGAUUUGGAAUUGUCUGGGUCUGACCACAUUACCUGAUCGGUUGGGAAUUCUCUCAUCGCUUGAAGAGCUUGAGAUCGGGAACUGCUCCAAUUUAUCGUCUCUGCCAGAAGGGAUUCGGCACCUCACUUCACUGAAAAGGCUGUGGAUUCAUAAUUGUCCAUGUUUGAGAGAAUUACCCGAUGAGCUCGGAAACCUCGCAUUGCCUGGUGUACUAAAUAUUUCAGGUUGUCCUAAUUUGUCUCUUCGUAGCUCGGUUGGAUUGAUCCUUCAACCCAACUGA